GAUACUGUAUGAGUGUACUGAGCGCCCCAGUACGGAUUUGUCAGUAGUAAUUCAGUAGACGGCGGUAAACCACGUGUGCUGCAGACGAAAGAGUAGCAGAAGAAGAGAAAGCGGAAAUAAGCGAAGAAGAAGACAACAGACUUCCAGACAGUUUGCAUGACAGAUGGAUCAGAAAAUCCCUUAUGAUGACUAUCAGCUGCCUGUUGUUUUUCUGCCCUCCUAUGAAAAUCCACCUACAUGGAUUCCUCCUCAGGAUCGGAUAAAUCACCCUGAUUAUAAUAAUGAACUUAGCCAGUUCCUACCACGCACCAUCAUCUUAAAGAAGCCUCCAGGAGCACAGCUGGGCUUCAAUAUUCGAGGUGGUAAAGCUUCUCAGCUUGGUAUCUUUAUUUCAAAGGUGGUGCCGGAUUCGGAUGCUCACAGGGCAGGACUUCAGGAAGGAGAUCAGGUGCUAUCAGUUAAUGAAGUGGACUUUCAGGAUAUAGAACACUCAAAGGCUGUGGAGAUUUUGAAGACAGCCAGAGAAAUUGUGAUGAGAGUGCGCUAUUUCCCUUACAAUUACCAGAGACAGAAGGAGAGGACCGUACACUAGGUGGCAGAGACGUGCCGAAGAUUGACGUUUUGCGGUGUGUCCUACUGGCCCUGGAUUACUGAGGAGUUGGGGAAUAUGCAAUGCACCAUCAGCAUCCUAGCUGUUUUCUUUCACUAAUUCUGCAUUCAUCAUUUAUGUGCUAUCAGAGGUAUGAAAAUAUUAGCAUAUAUGCCUGGGGAAAUUCAAAGAAUUUACCUAACUUUUUUUUUUUUAUCUUUGCAAACCCAGUUUAGAGAGUCGUCACAUAUACACUACCUCACAUUUCCUUCUACUACUAAUAUAUUGCUUUUGUUACUUUCCCAUGCAAGCAAGAAUCUAUAUCUGAUACAGGAAAGAAACAACACCAUAAAGAUUGCACUGAUUCUGAUUUUUGCACUGUCUAACACAAUUAAACUACAUGGCCAACUGUUUGUGAACAACUGCCCUUAACACCCUUACGUAAGUCUUUCCCAAACUGUUGCCACAAAGUUUGAAGUGCAUAAUUGUAGUAGAUAUAUUUGUAAAUUGUAGUCGUAUUAACGAAACACUCUUUAAUGGCUCUAAAGGACCUAGUCCAGACCUGUUCCUGCAUGGCAAUGUCCUGUGCACAGUUUGGGGUCCAUAAAGAGAUGAUUUGUCAAGGUUGGAGGGGAAGAAUUGGAAUGGCCUGCACAGAUCCCUCAGCUCAACCACACUGAACACCUUUGGGAUGAAUUGAAAAGCAGACUGCACACCAAACAUUCCUGCUUACUGACACUGUCCAGCCUUAUUAAUGCUCCAGUUGCUGAAGGAUGGCUAACACAAAUCCCCACAGCCGUGCUCCAGAACACAGUGGGAAAAUCUUCAAAGUAGCCAACAGAGAAUCAACACUAUAUUACUUCCCAUGGUGUUUCACUGGGACCUUCAGCAAGCAUAUAAGGGUGCAAUGGUCAGGCCUGCACAUACGUUUGGCCUUGUGGUUUAACUGUGUUAUGGAGUCCACUUGGAAAGUAUUGGAGCAGCAAGGCCAAUUUAUUUAUUUAUUUUUUUAAAUAAAACAUUUGGGUUUGAGAUCAAAAUUUGAUAUGGUAAUUCUGAAUUUCACCAUUAAACUCCCUGAUCUAGAUUUCUUAAACAACUUGGCAACUUUGUCACUUUAACAACAAAUCACCCAUUUUCUGAGUGAGCAGACGUAUUGGGACAGCUAGUAAAUAACACUUAAUCUUUGCUUACUUAUCCCUUACUUGCAGUAACUACUUCAAGCCAGCAACCCACUGGCAUCACCAAAGUAUUUCCAGCCUUGUAAUCUCAGCUUCUUUGCUUUUGUGGUAGGUUUCCAAUCAAAUGUUGUUAAAUACAUCUAGGUGUAAUCAGGAAAUAAAUAUGACAUUCUCAUAUUCAUUUUUGGAUCUUGAACCCAAAUGAGGUUUCCAUUUCAAUACUUUCAGAGAGGACUGUGUGUUUUAACUUAAAACAGAUUUGUCAGACUCCAGUCUGGGAGGCCCGCAGCCUUCUAGAGUUUAGCAAUGUCUUUAGCUAUUAACCAGCUAAUCUCAGAGGCCGUCAUACGCUGAAUUUUACAUUUGGAGAGGGAACACAACUUUCUGUAAGAGUCCAGGGGAAUUGCAGACACAUGGGGAUGCUUUCAAAUGUGUAUUAUUCUCCCAUGCUAUCACACAAGCAAGCCAUUUGUUUACACAUUUGUGACUAAAUGAUAUCUAUGUGAUAUAGCUUGUCUGUCAAGUAAUAUAAAGCCUCUAUUUGCAUAAAAAACAUGCCAUGUCUAAGA